UUCAGACAAAAUGCAAUGUUCUUAUUAUACCAGCUGCAGUACGCAUUCGAGAACAACUAUUGCAAGCUUUUCCUGUACAAGGUCCGAACUUAAAAGUUGUGUCGACGAUGACGGCCGGUUACGAUCAUUUGGACGUCCCGGAAAUUAAAAGGACAGGCAACAAAAUUUGUCACACACCGAUAGUGAUGUCUGCUGCAGUUGCAGAAAUGGCCGUGCUCUUAAUGUUACCUGCAGCAAGAUUCAUCCGCGAGGGUCACAUGAAACGGGAAUAUAGUGAGACAGAUUACGGGCCACAGUGUUUGCUGGGACAAGAUGUACGAGAUUCUACAGUUGGCAUCUUUGGUUUGGGAAAUAUUGGUCAAGCUAUCGUUAAGAAAUUAAUGGGAUUUGAAGUAGGACAUUUUAUCUAUACAGGACAUUCUCGCAAAAAAGCAGUUUUGAUUUACAGUACAAUGAGUUUGUCCAGUUUACCACGAGUUUUGGUAACCAGUAAUGCAACAGCAGCAGCAGGCAUCAAAUUGCUUCAGACAAAAUGCAAUGUUCUUAUUAUACCAGCUGCAGUACGCAUUCGAGAACAACUAUUGCAAGCUUUUCCUGUACAAGGUCCGAACUUAAAAGUUGUAUCGACGAUGACGGCCGGUUACGAUCAUUUGGACGUCCCGGAAAUUAAAAGGACAGGCAUCAAAAUUUGUCACACUCCGAUGGUGAUGUCUGCUGCAGUUGCAGAAAUGGCCGUGCUCUUAAUGUUACCUGCAGCAAGAUUCAUCCGCGAGGGUCGCAUGAAAUAUGGUGAGACAGAUUACGCGCCACAGUGGUUGCUGGGACAGGAUGUACGAGACUCUACAGUUGGCAUUUUUGAUUUGGGAACAAUUGGUCAAGCCAUCGUUGAGGGAUUAAUGAGAUUUGAAAGUUGGCUAUAUGGGAAUACGUACGAGAAAGAAGAUCACACAUGAUUUUAGAAGUAGCGUAUAAUAUUUGUCACGGAAGCAUAUAUCUGUUGCUAUUAGAAUUCAUUUCAAUGAACAUAUCAAAGGUUAACAUUUGGCAAGCCAACUAAGCUAAAUAAAAAAAAUGACAGUUUGUCCAGAAGUUGACUAUGGGAAUAAUGGUAACGACAUCCAAUUAGCAUCACAACCAGCAAUAAUGAUCUUGUGAUUUUGACAAUUUUAAUUUAUUAAAAGAUAGAUACGAGAGAGUAUGGAAUAUAUACUUUUGAUGUAUUAUUUGUUUUAUAUUUAUAAAGG